CGCCUACAUUUUUAGUGUCAAUCGGCGCGCCGUUAAUAUUUGUCGGCGCAGGGCUCUGCAAGUGAGUUUGCAUUUUGAGACGGCGUAUGAAAUUUUUUUUUUGCAAAUAAUCAAAUAUUGUUUAAAAAGCAAAGAAAGCUUAAAUAAAUUAACAAAAAAUGGCACGCCGCUAUGACUCCCGUACUACAAUAUUCUCUCCCGAAGGUCGCCUUUAUCAGGUGGAAUAUGCCAUGGAGGCUAUAUCCCAUGCCGGUACCUGUUUAGGUAUUCUGGCUGAAGAUGGCAUUUUAUUGGCAGCAGAAUGCCGCAACACCAACAAAUUGCUGGACAGUAGUAUAUUUUCGGAAAAGAUCUACAAAUUAAACGAUAAUAUGGUGUGUUCCGUAGCCGGUAUUACCGCUGAUGCUAAUGUCUUAACCAAUGAAUUACGUGUCAUAGCUCAACGUUAUCAAUUUAGCUACGGUGAAUCUAUGCCUUGCGAACAGUUGGUCUCAUAUUUGUGUGACAUUAAACAGGCCUACACUCAGUACGGUGGCAAACGUCCAUUUGGUGUUUCCAUUUUAUAUAUGGGCUGGGAUAAACAUUAUGGUUAUCAAUUGUAUCAGUCCGAUCCCAGUGGUAAUUAUGGCGGCUGGAAGGCCACAUGUAUUGGUAAUAAUUUUGGUGCCGCCAUUUCUAUGCUUAAGCAGGAACUUAGUGAAACUGAAAAGAUUACUUUGGCCCAAGCUAAAGAUUUGGCUGUUAAGGUUUUAAGCAAAACUUUGGAUACCACUAAAUUAACCUCGGAAAAGGUUGAAAUGGCCACAUUACAGCGUGUCAACGAUAAAACUGUCAUUAAGAUUUUGAAUAAAACCGAUGUGGAAGAAUUAAUAGAAAAAUAUACAAAAAUGGAAGCUGAAGCCGAAGCAGCCAAGAAGGAGAAACAAGCUGCUCAAAAGCCUUAAGUUAUAUAUCGGUGAAAUUUUUUUGUAGUUUUAAAUGUGAAUGAAAUUUAAAAUAUUUAGGAUUUUUUUAAAAGGAAAUAAAAUUUCUGGAUAUAAAACAAAGAA